UGGCAUCAAAGGAAACUAUCUCACGGGCUCCCUGCCGGCCACCCUUGGCGCACUCAACCUCGAUGAACUGGAGUAUGACUUCACAGUGCAAUGUCCCAGCGGCACUGACUGUGUGGUGCAGCAGUCGCUCGAGAGCCAGUUCUGCAUCGCCUGCUAUUCCUUCUGCCAGUCCUGCGUCUCCCCGCCUGCAGCUCCAUCUGAGGCUCUCCCAUCUGAAGCUCUUCCUUCCGAAGCUCUUCCAUCCGAAGCUCUUCCUUCCGAAGCUCUUCCUUCCGAAGCUCUUCCAUCCACAUCCCCCCCGUCCGAAUCCUCGCCGGUCAACGAUCAUGAGCCUCCAUACAUGCCCCCCUACAUUGCACCUCCUUCCCUGUCCCCUCCCUCCAUUCCUUCUCUCGGCAAUGGGACCUCUAACACUGCCGACUCCACAUCCUCGGGAACUAGUACCAGCAGCAGCACCACCAACAUCAUCGACAACAGUGUGCAGAGCUCCUCCAAUGCCAACAGCACAGCCUCUUCUUCCUCCUCUGGCAUGUCCACUGGAGCAAUCGUGGGGAUUGUGGCGGGGGUGAUUCUGGUGGUCAUUGGCGCCGUUGCAGUCGUGUUCAUCAUUAUUCAGUGUUGCAAGAAGACGAAAGACAUUGAGGUGGAAUAUCCUUCAUCUGCAGCAGCAACAGGCUAUCCAGCCAUGGGGUCAUACACAGCUGGAGACCAGUACAAGCCUGCUCAGGCCGCCAAUGUUGGUUACCAGCCAGGUGUUGCUGAUAAGGUGUACGGGUUCUACGACGAGUGCCAGCGCAAGUACGGCAACGCCAACGCGUGGCGCUACUGCACCGACGUCUUUGACUUCCUCGGCAUCUCCGCCAUCAUCGACGGCCGCGUGCUGUGUGUGCAUGGGGGCCUCUCACCAGACGUCCGAACACUGGACCAGGUGCCCUCUGCUGCCCUCUGCUGCCCUGCUCCCGGCCCUCCUGCUGCCUGUGUCGUUCCGCCACUCCUCUCGCUUCUCUUGUCCCAUGCCUCACUUUCCUCUCCUCGUCCCCCCCUUGCUGCAUCUCAUGCGCAAUCGUCCGUGCCUAUCCGGGUGGUGGAGCGACAGUGCGAGAUUCCACACGAGGGCCCCUUCUGCGGUGCCUCUCCCCCACCCAGGUGCCUCUCCCCCACCCAGGUGCCUCUCCCCCACCCAGGUGCCUCUCCCCCACCCAGCUACCUCUCCCCCACCCAGGUGCCUCUUCCCCUCGCGUCUUCUCUCCCCCGCGCAUGUCCUUCUCUCCCCCCCCCCCCUUUAAAUCCUCCUUUCCCUCGCAUCUGCUCUACCGUGUGCCACUCCCACUUCAUGGAUUGA